GUAGGCCGUAUACUAAGCAGGAAUAGGUGCCGGUGAUUGACUUGAUUGUGUAGGCAUUGUUAUAACCGAUUGACGUCAAGGAAAAGAAGCGGCUGAGUGGCAGGUGACUCAGGCAUGUGACACCUUCGGUUGUUGAGAAAAUUAAAAGCUUUUAAGUGCGCCGUAUCUUCCUGCGAUAAUUCUUAGGAGUGAAAAUAAACGUAACUACAGUAGAAAAAUGUCAAAACGUGUUUUUAUUUAUUUUUUUACAAUAUAUCCUUUUGAGAGAACUCAGUUAUGGAAAAUGUGAAUAGCCUAAAGUGUACUAAAUGAUAAUUUCAUGCAGUUGAAGUCCAUGUGGGUAUGUGCAGUCUGCAUCUCUUGGAGUCAGGAUGUGGUCUACUAAACUCAACACCCGGAAACUUUGUGGUAUUUAUUUUUUUUCCUGACAGAGUCUCUCUCAGUGUUUUUAAGAUUGUUGUUGAUGUUACCAUGUUCUCUCGAGUGAUACUCGAUGGUACGAUGAUCAAAAAAUCGCAGCAAAAGAAAAAAACAUCUCCAUCCAACUACAAAGAGAGAUUUUUUGUGCUGGACACACAGGAAUUAAAGUAUUCUGAGUGUCGUACUGGGCGAAAACCCAUACUGAAAGGUUGCAUCAAGUUAUGCAGCAUUAAGUGUGUGGACAUAGUCUUUACCGAUCUCCCCAUUCCAUGUGACUACAAGUACCCCUUCCAGGUAUUUCAUGACAACCAUUAUCUCUACAUUUUUGCACCAGACAAUGAUUGUCGCCUGAAGUGGGUGCAUGCUCUUAAAGAAGAGACAAAGAAUAACAAUUUGGUUGAAAAAUACCACCCCCAAUUUUGGAUCGAUGGAAAAUGGAAAUGCUGCCAACAGUCAGAGAAACUGUCAAUCGGCUGUCAAGUCUAUGAUCCAAUGGCUUACGGUUCUAAAAAACCAUUACCCGAAAUCCCAGAUUCAGAGGUUGAAAUGCGUGACACAGUGGAUAUGGUGGUUAUUGCAUUGCAGAACUACACACCAUUUGGAGACAGAGAGUUGGCACUUCAGAAAGACAAGGAAUACACACUGAUAACCAGCUCCCACCCUCUCUGGUGGAUUGUUCGAGAUGAAAAGGGGAACGACGGGUUUGUGCCAAGGACACACAUAGCUGAAAAAUCAGGGAAUGACUUUGAAAGAUUUGAAUGGUAUAAUAAGAACAUUGCCAGAAGGGAAGCAGAAGACGUGUUGAUCAAAGAGGGAAAAGAAGGUGCAUUCAUGGUUCGAAACUCGAGACAGACAGGUUUCUACACUGUGUCAGUAUUCACCAAAGCACUGGGAUCUAAUGGGGAGAAACAACCAUGUGUUAAACAUUACCAAAUCAGGCGGACAGACACAGGAGAGUCUUCUUUUUACUUGGCAGAGAAAUAUCUGUUUCGCACCAUUCCAGAGCUGAUCCAUUACCACCAACACAAUGCUGCAGGUCUGAUCACACGUCUCAGACAUCCGGUCACUCAAACAGGUGGCUGCUCCCAGGAAAUUGCUGCUCCAUUCAAAGAUGAGUGGGAGGUGGACCACGAAGAAAUUACCUUUGGUCAAGAGUUAGGAAGUGGACAGUUUGGGAUGGUGUUGUCUGGACAAUGGAGGGACAAGAAGGUGGCCCUGAAAAUAAUAAGAGAAGAUUACAUGUCAGAUGAGGAAUUUAAAGAAGAGGCAAGAGUCAUGAUGAGAUUAUACCACUCAAAGCUAGUUCAGCUCUAUGGUGUUUGCACCCAGCGUUCUCCAAUGUGUUUGGUGUUGGAGUUCAUGGAGAAUGGCUGUCUAUCAGACUACCUGCGAGCCAAAAAAGGGUGUUUGUCUCAGGAGACAAUGUUGGGGAUGUGCCUGGAUGUCACUGAAGGGAUGACCUAUCUGGAGAUGUCUAACUUCAUCCACAGAGACCUGGCUGCAAGGAACUGCCUAGUUUCAAAGAACAACCUAGUUAAAUUGUCAGAUUUUGGCAUGACCAGAUAUGUUCUUGAUGACCAGUACACAAGUUCUUUCUGCUCCAAGUUUCCCAUCAAGUGGUCAGCACCAGAAGUUGUCAAAUACUGCAAGUUCAGCAGCAAAUCCGAUGUCUGGUCCUUUGGUGUUCUCAUGUGGGAAGUCUACACAGAAGGCCGCCUUCCCUAUGAGAACCAAUCCAAUGGUCAGGUAGUAGACUUCCUGAAUGCUGGCAUGAGGCUGCUUAAACCACGACUGGCACCAGAGGAUGUAUAUUUGCUUAUGGAGUGGUGCUGGAAAGAGAAACCAGUGGAUCGUCCGUCCUUUGCACUGCUGUUGCAAGAGCUUUCCCAACUUUCACAAUGUUGAACCACAAGAUUUGAAUUGCGGAUGCCGGACGUUAAAGAAAACUAUAUUUAUUCUAUUUAUUUUUGGAUUAUUGGCUAAAGUUUGACAUGUUUUAUACAUAUAUUGUACUAUAAACUGAUGCUCCCCACAUGUGCCUUAGCCACCCCGUUUGCACUUUAACUGUUUUGUUUCCCUGUAAGUCACAUGCACUGUAUUUACAUAGAUACUGUUAUAUAUUCAAAAUGAUAUAAUCUUAUGUUUGCCCUUAAAUAUGUUCAGUAUCACAAAACAAAAUGACAGUAACUCAACUGUA